ACUAGACAUCGCCAAGGCAAAUACAAUUUCCCUUCAAAGAUGCCGAUGCUAUUCUUAUCUAAAACUAUGAUUUAUACAGUGAAGUGCUAUGUUUAAAAGUGCUUCUUCCGAAUUGCAGCAUCUUUUCUUCCUUACUAGAAACAUCAUUGAACACUUCUAUCUGUCUAUACGAGAAGGGGAGGCGUAAUAACAUCUCUUAUGCAUAUGAUAUACGACGAGGGGGGCGUAAGGGGGUCCGAAAUUCGCAAAACCGCACAGAAAAACACACAGAAACCACACAGAAAAAACGCCCAAAACCGCGAAAUAAGCCAAUAAUCGUAAACCGCGCAGUCUAGAGAAACCGCAAUAUGAAAAACCAAAAAACCACGCCAGACUAAAGGCAAAACCGCAUCAUCGCAAACCCUUACGCCCCCCUCUUGGAGUUAUGUCGUAGGAGGAGAAAGGGAACAGAUUUGUGCACUUCCUUGAUUCAUCAAGAGAUCGCUUGUAUAAGAUUCCUCUCUAGUAUAGUAUCCGAUUAAUGUUUAGACAUCAUCAUCAAUAGACUUAUCUGAACAAGACGUCCACUAGCACCUCGCGAGUAUGUCUUAAAGACACAGGCAGUAAUGAUCUCCAUUUUGAAAACUGGUGGUAUUAUUUUUCCAUAUUUAAAGGAACGUCUAAUUUUCAUUUUAGGCUGGUCCGCUUUUAGAGAAACUUAAGGCGGAAAAUAUUCUUCAGGACGUCCUUUUAAAUUAAGGAAUGGAUAUUUUGUAAUUUAUGUGCUAUCCAUGAUGCAACAAAUAUGGAUUCACCUGUGCAGCCUUACUAAAAAAAUGUUUAUAUGAUAAUAAGUGUAUUGAUACCUUUUAGGGUCGUCCUUUCAGUUCAAUAUUCAAAUUCCAGCUGAAAGUGGUGUAAUUCCGUUUUCAUGUCAAAUUCAAAUCCCUAAUUGAACAUUUAAUUGUACUUUUGUGGCCUUUUAGGACAAAGGCUGUGACUCAGUCAUAAAGCGAGUUGCUGGACAAUUACACUUUGGUUCGUUCCACAAGAGAAUGGAGCUAAUGAAAGAUGAACUUUGGAUUUCCGCUGGCUGUCGCUCGGAUCAAGGGAAAUUCGACAAAAUAGACCCCGCAAAGGAGAUGUACGUGCUCUAACGGUUUUACCAUGAACAACUCGUCCGCGUCCAGCGGUACAGGCCCGUGGCAAGUUGACCUUUCUCUGGCUGAAUUCAUUAUCUGGGCGAGCGCGUGCAUUCUGGUCGCCUUAGCAGCCACUGUCGGCAACAUCCUCGUGAUUGGUGCAUUCUGGCGUGCUGUCAAUCUCCAAAGUCGGCUUCACUACUUCGUCGUUGGACUCUCCGCGGCGGAUAUCAUGGUCGGGUGUGUCUCAAUACCCAUGUGGGUGUACAUACUGUAUCUAACAUGGAGGAAACGUCACAUGGCAUUCUCCCUAGGCCGAGCAUACGAGACAAUGGACGUGUUUGCGGCAGUGAACUCGAUUCUGCAUUUGAUGGCUGUCAGUACUGAGCGUCUGUAUGCGACCUUGCGCCCGCACUCCUGGAAUCAGCGAAGUUACUCCAAGAGGAUCUAUUUCGGGUUUUUGUUGAUCAUUUGGACCCUCUCCGCCAUCAUCGCGUCACUGUUUGCUUUGCCGUCAGAAGGCGCCACGCCUAACGUGCGCUUCCAUCUGAUGAACACGUUUUUCUUUCUUCCACUUGGAGUGAUAUGUAUGACUUACGUAGCCAUCUGGUGCGAUUUCAAGCGAAGAAUGCAUGGGCGCACAGGACACGAUAGGUCCACCAAACUCACUUUCACACUCUUUAUCGUGAUUGGCUUGUUCGUGGUUACAUGGUUACCGUUUUUUGUGGUGCGCUUCGUGCUUCAGGAGUGUGCCAUGUUCUGCAUCUCCUGGCGUUUUUUCUACUUUACUAAAUUUCUCCAUUUUAGCAACUCUGGGUUAAACCCCAUCGUGUAUGGUUUUAGGAUCCCGGAGUAUCGAUCGUUCAUGCUGCAUUUUAUCGGAUUCCGUCGGACCCCGUCGGAGGUCACAAAUCACGUGACGGCUGCUGUUAUGAGGCAACGAAGUGUCAGCGACGCGACACAAGCAGGCAAACGUUAUUCUGAAAACGUCACCGUUGCAGUGUAGAAAGCAUUAAAUAAAAGCUUAGUAUUUUCAAUCAGAAAUUUUGUGUUUGGCAGUGAGGGCAGGGGUGGAGGAGAUAGGGGAGGGAGGUAGGCUAUCCACUGACAGCUCCUCACUUUUAGUAUCCACUCACAUACUAUCACGAAUCUCGCAAUUUGAUUCGCUCCCGUACUCACUAUCUAUGGCUCAAUAGAUAGUGAAUAGCGAAAAAGCCGCAACAAAAGCGGUUAUUUAUUAGUGAAAAUUAUUAAAAUCGUCAUUUAUUUAAAGGUAGUAUGUGAGUGGAUUUAUAUUAAAACAAUUAGACUACUCGUUCUCGAAAACUCGAAUUCGUAGUCUAAUUGUUAAAUAUAUUCUGUAAUAUUUUGUAAGCAUAAAAGCAAUGUCCAAGUUUGUAUAAGCUGCUAAUAAAAUGCAUCUGUAAUCAAAGGCACUUUUCUUAAAAAAAAAUGUUCGGCGCUAUA